AUGAAAACAUACCUACCAGGUGCCAUUAUAGAAUUGCAAUCCUUACCUAUGAUUUCAAAUGAUGAUUCACACUUGGGUGACCAAAGGAUAUUUCAUCGUCUAUUUUGGGCGUUUCGACCAUGUAUACGUGGUUUCGCGUAUUGUAAACCUAUUGUGCAGGUUGAUGGAACAUGGUUGUAUGGCAAGUACAGAGGGACUCUGUUGAUGGCUGUGGCACAGGAUUGGAACGGGAACAUAUUUCCGAUAGCGUUCACAUUGGUUGAAAGUGAGACAAAGGAAGCUUGGAGUUUCUUUCUUAAGAAUUUAAGAAUACACGUUACUCCCCAAGCAAAUCUAUGUCUAAUAUCAGACAGGCAUGAAUCGAUAAAGAGUGCAUAUAACAAUCCGAAAAAUGGACGGCAGUAUCCUCCAUCAUCACACGUCUAUUGCAUUAGACACAUCACGCAAAACUUCAUGCGCGAGAUUAAAGACAAGGAUCUGCGCAAAAUAGUUGUUAACAUGGGUUAUGCGUUAACAGAGGAAAAAUUUAACUACUAUCGAGGGGAAAUCCGAAGAACAAACAAUGAUGCUUUAUCAUGGAUAGACAACAUCCCUCGGGAGAAGUGGGCAAGGGAAUUUGACGGAGGGCAACACUGGGGUCACAUGACAACUAACCUAGCAGAAGCAAUGAACUCGGUGCUAAAAGAAACCCGAAACCUUCCAAUCACUGCAUUGGUCAAAUCUACGUAUUAUCGAUUAGAAUCACUAUUUGGUAGAAGAGGCCACCAAUGGACAAAAAUGUUAGCCUCUGGGCAGGUUUUCACUGAUAGCUGCAACAAGGGGAUGGCUGAGGAAGUCAUCAAAGCUAACACGUAUAACGUCAUGCAGUUCGAUCGCGAGAGAUUUUAUUUCAUGGUCCAAGAGAAGAUUAAUCAUAACGACGGUCGACCAACCAGAACAUUCAGCGUUGAUAUGAGGAAACAACACUGUGAUUGUGGGAAAUUUCAGGUCUAUAAGGAGAGUUUCCUAGGACUUCCCCAUGAGGAGAAUUGGCCACAAUAUGAAGGAUUUACUCUUUGCCACGACGACUCUAUGAGAAGGAGGAAGAAAGGGCGCCCAAACAACACCAGGAUUAGAACCGAGAUGGACGACAUUGAGAAGGAAAAUAGAAGGUGUGGAAUUUGCCGUGAAAUAGGACACAUGCGUAGGAAAUGUCCUAAUGUUGCAUGA